AUGGCACUUCCUUCGAGACCGACUGACUUCGAUGCCCGAUACAUCCGCCGCCUGGUAGGGACUAAGAUCACUACCUUUUGUGACUUUGAACCCCUGCAACAGCCGUCUGCUCAGCCUGUCUCUUCCUCCACGGCUGCCGUUCUCCCUCUGCGCCCUCCGCCUGGGGCUUCCCCUUCAGUGAUUGGCCGCUCGUUGAUCAUCACGGAGAAGCUAUCGGAGAGUGCUGUUCAUCCCUCACAGCCAGAGGUCGACAUGGGCGUUGGGUCUCCUAUGACAAUUCCUAUCACUGGGACGGAGGACGCUGACCUGGCUACACUAACCCAACAAAUCCAACCUCCAGAGGUGUGUGGUGAACUAGAGGCGUAUAAGGUAUUGAUGAGUCAAUACUGUAGCUCUGUUCCACGAUUUCUUGGUUACUACGAAAAAACUCAAGGGGAACAUGAUCUCGUUCCUGGUGGCUAUGUCAAAUACCUCGUAUGGGAAAAGGUGCCUGGUGAACCUUUUACAGUGAAAUCCUUCUGGAGCUUGGGUCCCCUUGUCCGAGCGGAUAUCCGUGCCAAAUUUCGUACUGCCUUUGAAGACAUGCUGCGUUGCGGUGUGAAACCACAGGAGUCUAGAAUCUCGAAGAUCAUCUAUGACCAGUCCACUGGCAAUGUAUCAUGGCCAAUCCUUGAUGAACUUCAAUGGUCAGACACCCGUUAUGUCGCGUACAUGCUGGCAAACCCACUCGACGAGAGGGACUGGCGUUCUCACCCGGAGAAAUGGCAGUUAUGA